ACGAGCAUCUUUUUAAUAUAUAAUGAAGAUCACAAGCGCUGUGUGCUGGCUCAAAGUUCUAGUUCAGUGACUACUGCUCCUUGUGUUCAAGACAAUGAGUCACAAAAAUUCAGGUGGGUCUCAGAUCACCAGCUUAUGAGCAUAGCAUUGAAAUUGUGCUUGGGAGUGCCUUCGAAGAAAGACUGGGUUCCGAUCACUCUGUAUCCUUGUGACAAGGCUAGUGAACUUCAGCGAUGGGAAUGCAGAAAUGAGACUCUUUUUGCAAUCCAAGGGGAAGAUUUGUUUUUCAACUAUGGAAACAGACAGGAAAGGAAUAUUAUGCUGUACAAGGGAUCUGGUUUAUGGAGUAGGUGGAAAGUCUACGGAACCACAGACGAUCUGUGUUCUCGAGGCUAUGAAGAUACCUACACAGUGAAAGGAAAUGCCAAUGGAGCACCUUGUGUAUUCCCUUUUAAGUUUAGUGGUAAAUGGUAUGCUGACUGCACAGAUGCUGGCAGGUCAGAUGGCUGGUUCUGGUGUGGGACCACUUCAGACUUUGAUGUUGACAAGAUGUAUGGAUUUUGCCCAUUGAAAUUUAAUAGUCUUGAUUUGUUGUGGAAUACUGACCCUUUAACAAAUGUCCAGUACCAAAUAAACUCCGAGGCAGCUCUGAAAUGGCAUCAGGCAAGAAAAAGCUGUCAACAGCAGAAGGCAGAGUUAUUAAGCAUCACUGAGUUGCAUGAGCAAACAUACCUGACAGGUUUGACUGGCAGAUUGAGUUCUGCUCUCUGGUUUGGUCUUAACAGUUUGAAUUUCAACAGUGGAUGGCAGUGGGUUGGUGGUGCUCCUUUUCGAUACUUAAAUUGGGUUCCAGGAAACCCCUCUCCAGAGCCUGGAAAAAUCUGUGCAGCGUUAAAUCCUGGCAAAGGUGCCAAAUGGGAGAAUCGGGAAUGUGAUCAGAAACUUGGCUAUAUUUGUAAACGAGGAAAUGCUACUUUAGAAUCUUUCAUUAUUUCUGCAGAGACUAACGUGCCUGUUAGAUGUCCUGAUCAAUGGAUGUCGUAUGCUGGUCACUGUUACAUAAUUCACAGGGAUCCCAAAAUAUGGAAGGAUGCCCUAACUUCUUGCAGAAAGGAGGAUGGGGAUCUGGCAAGCAUCCAUAAUGUUGAGGAAUACAGCUUUGUUAUUUCUCAGCUUGGGUACCAGCCAGACGACGAGCUGUGGAUUGGGUUGAAUGACCUCAAAGUUCAGAUGUAUUUUGAAUGGAGCGACGGCACGCCUGUGACGUACACCAAGUGGCUUCGUGGAGAACCCACUCAUGCAAACAAUAGGCAAGAGGACUGCGUCAUCAUGAGGGGAAAGGAUGGAUUUUGGGCAGACCAUUCUUGUGAAAAGAAAAUUGGCUACGUCUGUAAAAGGAAACCCAUGUCAGAAGCUCCUACAGAAGAGGAAACUAUUGACAUGGGCUGCCAGAGAGGCUGGAAAAGACAUGGUUUUUAUUGUUACUUCAUUGGAAAUACAUUUGUGUCAUUUUCUCAAGCAAAUCAAACCUGUGAAAGGCAUCAGGCUUUUUUAGCAACUAUUGAAGACAGAUAUGAGCAAGCCUAUCUGACUAGCCUGGUCGGGCUGAGAACAGAAAAGUUCUUUUGGAUUGGACUUUCAGAUGUAGAAGAAAAGGGAACUUUCAAGUGGACUAAUGGCGAAUCUGUCUUGUUUACACACUGGAAUUCCGAAAUGCCUGGAAGAAAGCCGGGCUGUGUGGCCAUGAGAACUGGAAUUGCAGGUGGAUUAUGGGAUGUAAUAAAAUGUGAAGAAAAGGCAAAAUUUAUAUGCAAAGUAUGGGCAGAGGGAGUGACUCCUCCGCCUAUUCCUACAACAACUCCUAUUCCGAGGUGUCCAGAAGGCUGGGACUCAAACAGUCGUAUUAGUUUCUGUUUCAAACCUUUUUCAAGAGGAGAGCAAAAGAAAACAUGGCUUGAAUCUCAAGAGUUUUGUCGAGCUAUAGGAGGAGAUCUGGCCUCCAUUAAUGGUAAAGAAGAACAGUAUGUGAUAUGGCGUUCUAUUGCGAACAAUGGGUACUACCAUCAGCAUUUCUGGAUGGGUUUAUAUUACUUGAAUCCUGAUGAUGGCUUUGUUUGGAGUGAUGGAUCUCCAGUGAGGUAUGAAAACUGGGGCUUUGGAGAGCCCAAUAAUUAUCAAGGAAUUGAACUUUGUGCAGAGAUUAGUGGCGACUCCAGCAUGUUAUGGAAUGACAGACAUUGUGAUUAUCUGUAUGGAUGGAUUUGUCAGAUAAAAAAAGGGGCAAGUGUAAAACCUGAACCAACAGAAUCUCCUGCGCCCAAGUAUAAGACUAGUGAGGAUGGAUGGAUUAUACAUGAGGACAAACAUUAUUAUUUCAGCACAGAAAGUGUUCCUAUGGAAGAAGGUCGGGAGUUCUGCAAGAAGAACUUUGGAGACCUUGCCGUCAUUGAGAGUGAAAGUGAAAGAAAAUUCCUCUGGCGAUAUAUCUUGAAAAAUGGGAAGGAGGAUUCGUAUUUCAUCGGUUUACGACUGAGUAUUGAUCAACGGACAAGCUGGAUGGAUGGGACUCCAGUGAAUUAUUUGGCAUGGGCACCACAUGAACCCAACUUUGCAAAUAACGAUGAAAACUGUGUAGUCAUGUAUAAGAAUUUAGGAUUUUGGAAUGAUAUAAACUGUGGUUAUCCAAAUCCCUACAUAUGUGAAAGGCACAACAGUUCCAUUAAUUCAACUGUUCCUCCAACAACAUUUUCAGCUCCAAGAGGAUGUCAUCCAACUUGGCUUUCCUUUCAGAAUAAGUGUUACAAAAUAUUUGGAUCUACAGAAGAUGAACGUGUCACUUGGCAUGCUGCGCGAACAGCUUGCAUGAAUUUAGGAGGAAACUUGGCUACUAUCCCUAAUGAACAAGUGCAAGCUUUCCUCACUUUUCAUAUGAAGGAUUUUAUGACUGAUACAUGGAUUGGAUUAAAUGAUAUAAAUCAUGAACUGAGGUUCCUUUGGACAGAUGGAAAGGGAGUUUACUUUACAAACUGGGCCAAAGGCUUCCCAUCAGGACAUACAGAUUUAUACUCGUAUGAUGGCCAGGCGGAUUGUGUUGUCAUGAGAAACAGCCCUAUUAAAGAAGCAGGGAAGUGGGCUGAUGAGAGUUGUGAUAACAGCAGAGGUUAUAUAUGCCAAAUUAAUGCAGACUCUGAGUUUCUCCCUUCUACAAGUACAGUUCCAUCCAGCAUUAUCCGUUAUGGUAACAGUAGUUAUUUGUUCAUCCAUACCAAAAUGAAAUGGGAGGAUGCACGAAAAAACUGCAGACGUGAUCAAUUUGACCUUUCCAGCGUCUUAGACCCCUACAGUCAUUCGUUCCUGUGGCUAAAGAUAUUGAAGUAUGGGGUGCCAAUAUGGAUUGGUCUUAACAGUAACGUGACCAAUGGGCGUUAUGAGUGGAUUGAUAACUGGAGAAUGAAGUAUACUAAGUGGGCUGAAGGGGAACCAAAGCAGAAGAUAGGUUGUGUCUAUCUAGACAUUGCUGGAGCCUGGAAGACAGGAUCCUGUAAUGAAAGUUACUUCUCUGUUUGCAAAAAACCUGAUGUUCAAGCUCCUACUGAGCCCCCUCAGCUUCCAGGAAAGUGUCCUGAAUCAGAAGGUCACAAGUCUUGGAUCCCUUUCCGAGGUCAUUGCUACUACAUUGAAUCUUCAUCUACAAGAAACUGGGCCCAGGCUUCUUUAGAAUGUCUCCGACUAGGGGCCUCUUUGGUGUCAGUUGAAGACUCAGCUGAAGCCAACUUUCUGGCAUACACCAUUGAACCUCUUGAAAGGAAAAUAUCAACUUUUUGGACAGGAAUGUACAGAAAUGUAGAUGGAGAAUGGUUGUGGCUAGACAACACUGCAGUGGAUUUUGUCAACUGGAAUGUAGGAGAACCUUCACCUCAACAAAACGAGCACUGUGUUGAAAUGUACGCAAACUCCGGGUACUGGAAUAAUAUUUAUUGCAGUUCCUAUAAAGGCUAUGUUUGUAAAAAACCAAAAAGAAUGCCAGCAGCUGAAACACCACCAGCAGCUGAAAUGCCACCAGCUGAAAUGCCUACAAAAGCAAUGACAAAGGAUGAGAAGGCUCCUAGUCUGAACCAUGGUAAAACAGGAGUUGUAGUUGUUGUUGUGAUCCUCAUCCUAGUAGGAGCUGGCCUUGCAGGCUAUCUCUUCUACAAAAGAAGAAAGAAUCGCUUGUCGACAAAUGACAGCUUUGAGAACAAUUUGUAUUUUAAUAGUGAUGCAGUUCCUGGAACUAGUGACACAAAGGAUCUCGUGACCAACAUAGAACGGAAUGAACAUGCAGCGCUCUAAUGUAAUAAAAUAAAAUGUAAUGUAAUAUGUAAUGUAAAGUGUAAUGUAAUAAACUGUGCCUUGUUUUAAUAAAAUUAUGCAACUAGAAUUAAGCCAAAGCUAUUUUCUCAUAUGCAAAUACUGUAGUAGACAUUUUUCAGUGUGCUUAGGAUUACAUACAGCAGUUAAUUUAUUUUGUAACCAUUCUAUAUUAUGUAAGAUUUCAAAUCUUAUGAUCUGAAGACCCAGACUAAUGAGUUUGGGUCUUAAGAAGAGAAAUAAUACUAGUUAUUAAAUGGAACAAUAGAAAUGGAUACAAUUCAAGGAAGCAAAAUGUAAGAUAGAUCUUACAAAGAGAAAUGCUUCCAAAAUUUGAAGUUUCUGCCCCAGAUUUCUUUCAAACCACGCUAAUGCACAGAUUCUCCAGCUAUUCAGCAAACAUCUCUGUAAUUCUACCAGCUUUCAAGUAUUCCUACUUAGCUAUGGGUGUGUUGUAGUUGCUAGAUGACAAGUCUGUAUUUAAAACACAUCCUCUGUGAACCAUGUGGAAAAAUAAGUCCUUUUCUUGUAUAAUUUCAGUUCCCGUAAUUUCACACACAUAGAAAAGCAAGUAUUCAGUUCUUGCAGCAUAUCUAUUUUAGGAUUUUAAUUAGGUAAAAUUUGGGGGCGGGCCUCUGGAGUGGAAAGGUGUGGUUGGUGUUCCGUCGGGUAUUCUGACUGGCCACAAGUGGGCUUGUCUGGGAGAGGUGGUAUGGAUGAGGUCAAGGCAAAACCUUCUUCUGUAUCGGGACAACAGUGACUGAGGAGCAAGAGGAACAUUGCCUAUACAUAUCCUGAAGGUUUGCGGGAGCACUGGAUGGCUCUUAACGGUGCUCACAUGUUGUAACUGCUCACCUAUACCCUCCCAAUAAGUAUGGUAGCUUGUGAGGUGUGUCAAUGGCUAUAUAAGUUACCAUUUCUCAAAAUCUUAGAUUCCCAAAUGCAGAGUUUAUAAUCAACAUUUUUGUAAAUCCUGUAAAAUGUAAAUCAUAUGUGAGUUCAGUUCCUCACAUAAAGGUGUGCAAGGUUCGGGGGUUUUUUUCAGAUUUUGUUCUGUGACGAAACAGUAACUAGUUUUGAUUUUUUUUAAAUAGUUUUGCAUUUUUAUAGUCUUGUCUAUGUAAGGCUCUGUAAUAAGUCAGAGUUAAAAGGAGAUUAUAUGGCCAUAUUCCAUCUUGAACUGUGAUGAAAUAAUAUAUUGACCAUAUUUUAUUGUAUCUGUGCAUAUAUUAUCUGCUUAAAACUUGAGAGAAAAAUGCCAGCUAAGUGAUUUAGCAACAGUUUGAAUUACUAGUUCUGGCAGAUAAGGAGACAUUUAUUCUGGAACCCUGUUCCUCCUCUGUCUUUGUUCCCUUUCUCCCAGUCAUUGACUCUGUUCCUGCUGCUGUUUCCUUUUUUAAGGACAUCUUUACAAUUGUUUGAGCAUUCUUUUCAAGAUGUAGUACUUUUAAUGGUGGUUCACCUCUCCUCAUCUGUGGCUUAUGUGCAUGAAAGUACAGGAAUCAUUUGAUUUUUGGGCAGCAUCAAAUUCACAAAGCAGAGGAAAAUGGACGUGCUGCUAUCGUUUGCUGCUACUUUUGUCUUCUAGCACAAAGAGGCUAUGGAGUUAUAAUAAAAAAUCUUUUCCAAGCAAUGUCAAGAUUCAUGAAGGGAAGAAGGCCUGCAAAAUGGGAGGGUUAGGCAGCACGGAUCAUGAAACCUCCUGACUGAAUCUGAAUAAUGAUGUUAAAGAUGAUGUCAUCACUGGUUUCAAAUGUAUGGAGAAAGUCAUCUAUAACAAGUGGUGCAGGCUAGAAGGUGAAAGGGGUAGGGAAAUCAUAGCCACGUCAAGAGGCCCUGACUGGAAUCUCAGCCUUGUUGCGCUGGCUGAUGCGCAAACGACAAAUAGGUGCAGUUUCUGCCCAAAAGACUUUCCAUCCUGCUUGGAGGCCCUGCACAGCUUUAAGGCUGUGCAUGCUGAGUGGUUCUUCCAGAUAACAUUUCAUCGACAUGUAAAUAUGCAAAGUAUUAUUGGAAAGAAAACAAAGGAUGAGGAGAUGUCUCAUACUCUGGUGCUUCACCAAACUUAGCAGGUACAGCUCUACAGCUAACGUAGGUCAGCGAGAGAACGCAGCUCCUGGACCUUGGAUUGUCCUGAACUCAUUUACUCAUUUUGCACUGCCAAAAAUCCAGCAUCAUCUUUGAGUUGAAGAGAAUUAAAAAUACCAUGCCUUCCAAGCUAGUAGUAGGUGUAGCUACCUCUGUGAAAUAUUGUAUCUGUUCUGCUCUCCUGGACAAAUGGAUACAGCAAAAACAGAGAAAGUUCCAAGUCUGAAGCUCUAUGUUUUUAGUCUGAAGAUGAAUUUAAAUACUUUGCCUACUCUUUUUAGAAAGGGGGUAAAUGAUAAAGAUAUGAAAGAGUUUCAGAGGAGGAGAUUUAAGCUGCCUGAUUUACCAUUCCUUUAGAUGCAAUGCAAUGGAAUUGAAGCGAAUUUCUCAUUUAAAAAAAAGCAAACAUGGAAGCAGUGGCAUUUAUAGCACAGGAAAUCAGUGAGUUUCCAUUUAGUAAGCUUAAGAUGAGCACCAGUACUUAAGCACCCAUACGAACUCUAAAAGCAAUUUUUAAAUGGAAGGUAGAGAAACCAGCAGACUUGGACACUGUCACCAAUAUCUAAUUAACAUAGGAUUGAAUAGAAAACUUUUCCGUGGGAGCUUGUAAUCAUAAAAAUGGACAUGAAGGGAUUUCUUUUUUUCCAACUAGUCUGGAUACAAGAGUCUGUAUUAAGUUUUUAACAACAUUAUUCCUUUGGUCAUGCUUGUAACAAAACUGGUCAUACAUUUUCAAGAACUGUUGAUAGAGUGGUUCCAAAAGUACUAUUCUCUUUCCAUAGCCUAAUGUUAUUUACAUCUUCCCUGUACCUAACAUCACUUGGUGACCUUGCUUUAUGUCCUGUUUUCCUGCUAUUAAGCUACAAUGUUCCUGAGAAGUAAUUGCUACUUAAAAAAUAUUUCUAAGAUUGGGCUGAGGAAAUUAUCCUUGUUGCUCUAUUGGAUUCAAUAUUGACAGCGAUUCACACUGGUAUGGAUGCCAUAUAAUUUGUGACUUAAUGUAUUCUGAUCAAUCACCAAUUCUUUCAGCUGUUUUUUCCUGCCAGCUGCUAUUCCUGCUCAGAUUGGUCAGUCAUCUUAGAACCAUUGUGUUGCUCUCAUGGUGUCUUACUUUUUUUCCCCAGUGGAUGCUACCACUUAUGGAAGGUUUAAGCCUGUAUCUUGUAUAAAUAAACAUUCACAGAGGAA